UUCCUCUUUCUCAAGGAGUCCCUCCCCUUGGAUCACAAAACUUUAUUGGUUUCCGCUAAUGGAAGACUGUGCUUCUUGACGAUAUCAGCAGCUACCAAAAUCGAGUUGGUUGAUUUAUAGAUUCAUGUGCUUUGAUGCAAAUGGGUGCAAGAACCCAUCUCAGAGGCCAAAACACCUCAGAGAUUCCACUUAGAUCAAAACGUCGUAGCCAUACUCGAAAGGAAGAACGUGUCAAUGAGAGUUUUGAGCACAGUACUGAUGAUGAGGUGGUGAAAUACAUGUCAAAGUUGCCAGGUUAUCUCCAAGGAGAAGAAAGCAAUGAUGUUUUGAAUGUUGGAGUGUUGGAUUGGGGUCGUCUUGAGAAAUGGAAGAAGCAUGGUCGAGCCACUGUAAGACCAAGCAAACGUGAGAGCAAAGUAGUGUCUUCUACUACUACUUUCGGAACUGUUGUUCCCAACGCCUCCUCCUCUCAUCAAUAUCAGUGUCAUAGGUGUAAGAUUGAUGACCAAGUGCAUGCUUCUUCUCUUCUUGGUAAAGUUAAAGCGACUUCUCGGGGUCUUCAACAUUCUUCUCACACACUUCCUUGCACUUUGGAUCCUGAGUUUAUUGCUUCUAGGGAUUCAUUAUUAUUUAAUCAGGAAAUAGCAACUUGCAGCUUUAAUAAUAAGUCCUCUCGUAAGGGCAGAGGAUACACUAAGUCAGGUUUAUUUCCAGAGAUGGGGAACUCCGGAGGAUCCCUAGCUGCAAAGGAGUAUGAGAAGAGAGCAAGAGAAAGAGGGAAUCAAUGUGCUAAUAGUAACUUAGAUGGAGAGGAGAAUCAUCAGGUCAGCAAUAUUGUUCUCCUUCGAUCAAGAAAACAAUCUUCUGGUGAACCCUCCCAUAAGUCUUCACUGGAUGAUAACGUGAAAGUGACAGAGGUUAGCUCUUUAGGAGUGACAUCUCAAGUUCCUCUCUCUUUCGACUUGGAGAGAGAUUCUGAAGCUAUGAUGUUGCCUCUUGGUGGGACAACAAGGCAUUCAAAGACAGCUUCGAGGAUAUUUGAUCAAGAAAAGAAGAGAAAUACUUCACCAAGCAAGCGGUUUAGUUUUAGCUUCGGUCGUCUCAGCAGAAGUUUCACCUUCAAAGAGGAUUCAUCAUCAGCUCCCCAACCUUUGCCUUCUUCUUCUACUGAUGAUACCAUCAACAAAUCUGACUCUAUGAGAUGUGAUGCUGCUUCAGCUUGUCCAUCUCAGUCAGGUAACCACCCGGAGGAGAAGCACUGUGGAUCAUCUCGAGUCAGCCCUCUAAGAAGGCUUCUUGACCACCCUUUACUCAAAUCCAAAGGCUCUGAGAAUGUUCUUCCAUCAAAAGCAAGAUCAACUUCUUCCAAUCUAAAGCCAACCAUCAUAGACGUACCACUUCAAGAUGAAAAGAAGAAGCAGGAUAGAUCGAGAACCCAAGCUCUUUUUCAGCUAACCACCAGAAACGGCAUCCCUCUGUUUCAAUUUGUGGUCGAUGAUGACAACCUCAACAACAGCAGGAGGAGCAUUCUCGGGGCUACAAUGAAAAACUCUGCGGCUUCAUCGUUCAAAGAUGAUACUGUUCAGUACUGCACAUUCUACUCUGUUAAUGAAGUCAAAAAGAAAAGAAGGGGAGGAAGCUGGCUUAUCCAUGGACACAAAGAGAAACAACAACAACAACGCGGGUUCGUCUACAAUGUGAUAGGUCAAAUGCGGUUAUGCAACUCAGAUAUAACAGAAGAGCAGAAAUCCGAAAAAGUAUCUUCUAUCAUCAGAGAAGCAGUACUCCUUGAUGAAACAGAGCAAGUCAAAGAGGUUGCAGCAGUAGUGAUCAAGAAGAAGCAUGCAGGAGAAAACGGAGAAACCACUGUGAUAAUUCCAGGAGGAGUUCACAGUAUACCGGAGAAAGGAGCACCGACACCAUUGGUUAGCCGGUGGAGAUCGGGAGGGUUAUGCGAUUGCGGUGGCUGGGAUGUGGGAUGUAAACUCUUUGUCUACCUCUCCAACAAAACAACACUCCUCCACGAGUUGGAUCAUCAUCAGAGCUUCAAACUUUUCGCUCAGGAAGAAAGUGAUCAAGACUCGAGGGGUCCAGUUUUGGCGAUGACAGAGCUGAAGAGUGGGAUCUAUAGGGUGGAGUUUGAUUCGUUUCUGUCGCAUUUGCAAGCGUUUUUUGUGUGUGUGACGGUUGUAUCGUGUGCCUCCGAGGAAGAAAAGGUGUCAAAGACUACUGGAAAAUCUUCCUCCCCGUUUGCUCCGCCUCUGUCACCCGUUGGUAGAGUCUAAAACCUACAAGCCAGAAGAGGAGGGAGUAUCUAAUGAUCUAUCUUUCUUUCUUUUAAACUUUUUUUUUUUUGUGUGAAUAUAUAUAUAUAUAUAUAGAGAGAGUAUAUUUCAAAGUCACCAAUCACCAUCAACUACAUGCAGCUCUUAAU